AUGGAUUUUGGCAUAAAAGUCCUUCAAUCGCAAAGUGAAUUUCUAUCUGUUUACCCAGGCAAAUUCCUACAAUCAGUUGAAGUGAUUAUUGGAAUUAAAGAAAAAUCUUUGCAAGUCUUCACCAUCAAUGAAGAAAAGCCAGAAAAGCUUAUCCCGAUACACGAGCAGCUUUUUAAUGAAAAUAUUUUCAGCUCAUGCAAAAUUUCGACUCGUGACAAAGAUCUGGUGUGUGUUGCGACAAAAACUGCACUUAAAAUAUAUGAGUUUUCUGAGGGGACGGGGUAUUUUGAAGUAAUAUACAGCUAUGAAUUAAGGAUUAGCAAUGAAAAUGAAAGUCAACAAUUUUGUGUAGGGAUAAAAGCUUACUUAAAUUAAUAUCACGUUUAACAUCCCCCACAGAGUAGGCGUUUCAGGGCCCACCGCCACCUCUUGACGCGCAGGGAUCUGAAGCACAGUCUUCCAGUACGAUUGCCAGCCCACCACGCACCUCCAGAUGAUGUCACCGACUUCGAUGAGUGUAGGGAUAAAAGCAAGUAUUGAUGGCAUGAUAGCGGCCUCUUUGGUACAGGAUUAUAUGUGGGUGCUAAAAUGGAAUGAUAUAGAAAAGAAGCUUACCUUUUUGUAUGAAAUUGAUGUUGAGUCUUUUAUUGUAGAUUUCAAUUUCGUCGACGAAAAAACUAUGCUGAUUUUAUGUAGAAAUCCUACAGGAGAGUAUCCAUUAUAUUUCUGGAAAGAAUAUAAAGUGAAUAAAUCAUUGCUCUCUUUAAGCACGUUUAUACAUUUUUCUCCUAUCCUUGAAAAUGGUGAUGCAUUUCCAACAGCUUUUAUAUGUUUUGAUAAAAAAAUUUAUAUUUUCUAUGAAAAUAUAAUCCACGCUUUGAAAUAUAACCAAAAAAACAUAGACCAAGACGAUUUUGAUGAAAUUGAAUUUUCUGGGAUUUAUUGUUCUCAUAUCAUACAUAAUAAUGAAUUAUAUAUCAAUAAUGACAUUGGACAGAUAUAUUUGCUGUCAAGGAAAAGGUCAAAUAUAAUAAAAGAAAUCCCUCAAGAUUCAAUUAUUACCACACUAAAAGGGUUUUGCUAUAUAUUUGGAAAACAAGGAGAAAUCAGAGGCUUUAACCUGAAUACCAAUGGCGAUUUAAAAAUCCCUUCAUCUGUACAUGGAGCUAUCCUUGACGCAAUUACAAUAAAAAAGCAUGAAAAGGAAAAUGAAAUUAAUUCUGAAUCUAUAAUUAUUGCAUGUGGAAUUGGGCAAAGCUCUUCACUGCUAGAACUCUCAAACAGUAAUUUUUAUUAAGGCUUAACCUUCAGCGUUGUUAUCCAAAUCCCUGAUAUCGGCCAAUCAUGUCUUUGGGCUAAGACAGUUGAAAAUAUCAUAUUUUUGUUUUACACAAAAGGAGUUAAGGCUCUUGACUACAAUACAAUGAAGCCAAUCCAGUCCUCUGCUCUAGGCUUAGUAGAUGAAAAUUACAUAGAUAUUGGGAAGUCCAAUAGAGACUGGAUACACAUAACCUCAACCUACAUCAAAAAUGGCUCAUCUCAAAAAGAUUUUAAUUCCACUAUAAUUGGUGCCUGCAUCUCAGAUUCUUCUAUAUGUGUGUCUUUUUCUAGUCAAGAAUUAGUGAUGCUCAAUCCAGCCUUAGAAGUUCUAUGAAAACUCCCAAAUUAUGAUGUUUCUAUGAUAAAUAUUUAUAAUGAAUCAAUCUAUAUAGGCUUACAAUCCUGCGAAACUUUACAGCUGGAUAUGACUGGAAAUGUAAUUAACAAAUUUGUGUAUGCUCUACAAGAAUCCUCAAUUCCACAUUCAGUCAUGUAAAAUUUAUUUAGAUUUAUGUGGAACCAAAUGUUUAUUGGCUGCAGAGACGGGAAUCUCAUUGUGUGCUUGGAUCCUCCAAUAUAUAAAAAACUUGGCAAUAAGCCUGUGACACUUUUUAAAUAUAAAAUUGGGCUGAUUGCGAUUUCUGAUCGUGCAAUACUAAUUUAUAAUGAAAAUUUAGAAUUCAGGCCAAUUGAAAUUGAUAUGCGAAGUGGCUGCUCAUUAGAUAAUUCCUAUUUUAUAUGUAUUAAUAAAGAUAUAUUGAUAGCUGCACUAGAAAACCCAACGCCAUACUCUUUAAAUACAAAAGAGCUUAUAAGCAUAAAAGGCUCAAUAAAACGACUGUUAUAUCUGCCAAAUAGGAAUAAAAUAGCUUAUAUAUAUAGAGAUAUUGCAGACCAUAUAGCUUUGUCUGACUAUAAUUUCAGUGGAAAUUUCCCAAGUUUGAGCUAUACAAAUUCAGAAAAAAUGUACUGUAUGGCGAAUAUUCCGCAGUAUGAUGGAAUUGCAAUAGGAGGAGAAACAUUAGAAAGGAAAGGAAUUGUUACAAUUAUUUCUCAAGAAGGGUUUACGGAGCUUUAUAGAGGAUUUUUCCCUCAUGGAGUGCAGGCAAUUUGUAUACAUGAAGAUAAAAUGAUAGUGGGAGCUGAAGAACAUAUUUUUGUAUUAAGACUUGGAGAGGGCAUCAAUAUUGAAAGUAUUGCAACUACAAGAGUCAGGAAUUCGGCUCAUGCAAUUUAAGUAAAUUAUGGAGUGAAGUCUUUAGAGACGCCGAGUGCAUUUAAAUAAAAAUGCAUGCAGCUGUGGAAUUCAACAAGCUAGAAUCUAGGUAACCAGAAAAAAAUUUAUUGUGUAAUUUAAUAUCAUUAUUUGCAGAUUUUUAAAACUUUACCACCUAAGUGUGGAAUUUUUUUCCCGCGUGUGAAAAGAGGAUUCCACAUGUGAAAUCAAAAGGGCUCCACACGUGAAAAACACCUUUUUUCACACGCGGAAAAAAUUCCACACUUAGGUGGUAAAGUUCAAAAAUCUGCAAAUAACGAUAGUAAACUUAAGGGAAAAAAAUAGGAGUAAUCAUUUGAAUUAGCGAGGUUGAUAGCUACAAAAUCUGGCACAUAGGUAAUUUGAAAAUUAAUAACAUUGUCAAAUUUCAAUUAGUCAGUAUAAAUCAGAAUUUAGGGGUAGGAGCUGCAUUCUUAAGAUAAGAGCUUGGUUAUUAGCUUCUAUAACUCCAAUAAAGACCCUAUUAAACUUUAUAGUAAGGUAUCCCCUAAGGUUGCUUUCAUACUGUUUGCUAGGAAAAAUUUAGAAGAUAAAGCAUCACUUCUAAAUAUACUUAUGAUAAUUAAAUAUUCAAUAAACAAGUGUACAGAUUUCAUGCAAAUCAAUCAUAAGUUUUGGGUGAAUCUGGCGAGAAUAAAAUAUUCUUCAUAUCAUUAACGAUUCACAAUUCAAUGAAAAGAAUUAACGUAAAGGUUAGGUUAGAUUCAGUUAUUAAAGUCAGGCAUGAGCCAUAUUGGUGGCAGAGUCAUCAAAGACCUCCUGUACUGGAGGUUCAACCGCUUUUCGACUUCAGCCCAGAGGGUCUUUCCCCCUGAAGGUGCAAUGCCUCCUCCUUGUCUUUCAGCUUGAGUCUUUAGUGCUUAUGGAUUCUGCAGCUCUGUUAUGGAUGAUUGGAGUAGCUUGAUUUCAAUGGAUUCUUGGAGUCUAUCGGGUGUUGAAGUGCCUUCCUUCGACCGGUACAGGUAAAAGACUACUCCCCUGCGGCCUGGGCCUCAGUUUCUCGGUAGAGAAAUGUCCAUGGGUCCUCGGAUCCAAAAGGAUGCUGCUGGAUACCACCAUUUCUAACCACAAAAAAGCAGCCAAAACCUGCCCGGAUGCUCAUCUCUUGAGCCUACACUUGAUUCUUGACUUAAAGUCUGUCUAGUUCGCAAUAGCCAUAAGAUCUGGAAUGUUACACUAAGAGUGCAGGCUGGCAAGUGUCGCCAUUUUGAUGUAUAUAUAUUAACGUAAAAAGUAAUUAAUAAACUAUUAUUCAAACUACCAUUAAAACUAUAUUAAAAUUUUGACGAGCUAGAUGCAAGUUUGUUAAAUUCCACUUACAUUCAUUUUAGUUCUAAUGCAUUCGGUGUCUCUAAAAACCUCACUCCAUAAUUUACUUAAAUUGCAUGACUCAGGAAUUCUGUUAUUGGUCUCUAUUCAGAACAAAACAUUCUUUAUUCAAUAGACAGCAGAGAUGGUAUUUUACAGUACACUUUGACUGAUACAUUGACUUUUGAACAUGCAUCACUAAGAGGAUUCCUUAUUUCCAACAUUUUUAUUGAAAAUUUAUUGCGAGAUUGGGAGAAACUAUUGAGAAAUUGAGGUAUCACUUGAAAAGGCCAGUCUUUCAGAGUAAUGGCCAUAAAUUAAUUUUAGUUUAAUAUAUUUCCAAUAUUUUAAUUAUGGACCAAUUUAUCAUAAUGAUCGACAAACUAGGAAGUAUCAAAAUUCUCGAAAAAGACUCAAAGAAAAUAAUAACACUCGAUGAUCUCCAUGAUGGAGGAAGAGCAAUAAUCUCUGGAAACCUGACAAAUACAUCUUUAAAGCCAUCAUGCAACCAAAACGCCCUCUUCUUUUCUUGGACUGGCGCAGUAUACCAGAUUACAUACCCAUUAAAAAAAGAACUAUUAUCUCUUCAAUCCUCAAUUCAGAGGCUUCUCCAUCUUCAAACCCCUCGCAACUCUACACAGAUAAUCGAUAUUGACAUCCUAAUGAAUUUUCACAGGCUAACACCCCAUCAAAAAGCUGAGCUCUCACAAGCCUACCCCAGCGUCGAAUCUGACAUAGACUCUCUUUACAAAUUCGAAAUAAUUUAA